UCUGAUGUGCUCAUCUCUCUCCCCUAAACAACGCCAGCAGUGAAGUAAUAAGAGAAGAAUAUGAAAACGCAACGCCAGCAGUGAAGUAAUAAGGGAAAAGGGCGGGAGAGAGAAAGAGGGGUUGCGAGCAAGAGAAGAGAGGUGGGUUGUGGAAGUUGAGCGCAGAGAGAUGUUUGCAACAGUAGUAAGGAUGAUGGCGAAGAAGCCCAAGCCAAAGAUGAAACCCAUACAACUCAAAACACCACCAGAGCAAACUCAAACAAUAACCAGAGUCAUAUUCGACAUCGUCAAAGAGCACGGCCCCCUCACCAUCGCUGAUACUUGGGAACACCUCAAGGAAGUGGGUCUUAGAGGUUUGGCAAGCAAACGACAUAUGAAGAUCUUGUUGAGGUGGAUGAGAGAGAGGCAGAAACUGAGGCUUAUUUGCAACCACAUUGGCCCCCAUAAACAGUUCCUAUACACCACCUGGUUCACCAACCCCAAAAUUGCCAUGCCCCUUCCUCCAAAGCUUCGAGGGCAUAACACAGCUUCCAAACCCAAAACUGAGUCUUCAGCCUCAAAGUUGCCAUGAUUUCAUAUCACUGUAAUUAGGGGUUGAGAUUCUUCAGAAGGCUUUCUCCAUAUUUGCUUCUUGUAGUAAACUCUCAUGGAAUACCUAAAGUUGGUUACUUACUGUAAUGAAUGAAGCUAUCAACUGAUAAAGGAAUGGUUGAAAGCUUUGACUC